GCCUGGUCCUAUCCGCGGCGACUACACAAAAAACGGACGCAACUAACUGGCAGAUGCUACACCGUGGUCUUUCCGGGUCCUUCCACGCUCAGCUCGUACUCCUGCGGGUCCCGGCCCUGAGGGGAGGCGGAGAGGACCCUCUACUAAGACUGGAGAGCAUCUGGAGCCAGCAGUCCGGGCUGCGGAGCGGCCCCAUGGGGAAGGCCGACUGACCGAAGCAAGCACACUGAGGAUUCCAUUACAGAAUUCGCAAAAUGUUUGGGGAUGUGUGUGGACUGAAAGAAAAGUUAUAUGCUCUGGUGUCAUCUGGUAAAGAAAAGAAAGAAGAAUAACCUGAGUGCUCAUGCCAGCCUCCACUGCCACCUAAAUUAAUUGCAAAACCCUGUCAUCACCUCACACAGUGACCAAAAGAACCAGAGGUCGGCGCAUUGGCAGGCCAGGUGUCAGCUGUGAGGAGUAGAAAUGCAUAAAAACAGCUGGCAGAAUAGAAGACGUAGGAGAAGGAGUCACCAGCAGAACCCUUGGUUCAGACAACAGGGUUCUGAUGAGAGGGGCAACUUAGUGGCACAGCAAAGCUCACAGGAUUCUGGCCACGUCGGCGAUGACGAGGCCCCAUCGACCUCAUCUGGCGCAGCUGGGAGUUCUUCCGUGCCAGAUCUGCCGGGGUAUUACUUUGACCCUGAAAAGAAACGCUAUUUCCGCUUGCUCCCUGGCCAUAACAACUGCAACCCCCUCACAAAGGAGGGCAUCCGGCAGAAGGAGAUGGAAAGCAAAAGGCUGCAGCUGCUGGAGGAAGAAGACAAACAGAAAAAGAAAAUAGCCAGGAUGGGCUUUAAUGCAUCAUCAUUGCUACAGAAAAGCAAGCUGGGUUUUCUCAAUGUCACCAGUUACUGCCGUUUAGCUCAUGAGCUGCGAGUGAGCUGCAUGCAGAGGAAAAAGGUCCAGAUUCAGAGCUCGGAUCCCUCCGCUUUGGCAAGCGACCGAUUUAACCUCAUACUGGCGGAUACCAACAGUGACCGGCUCUUCACAGUGAAUGAUGUCAAAGUCGGAGGCUCCAAGUACGGCAUCAUCAGCCUGCGAGGUCUGAAGACCCCCUCGCUCAAGGUGCAUAUGCACGAAAACCUGUACUUCACCAACCGGAAGGUGAACUCUGUGUGCUGGGCCUCGCUGAAUCACCUGGAUUCCCACAUUCUGCUCUGCCUCAUGGGCAUCGCAGAGACUCCGGGCUGUGCCACCCUGCUCCCAGCGUCCCUGUUCGUCAGUAGUCACCCAGGAGACCGGCCCGGCAUGCUCUGCAGUUUCCGGAUCCCCGGGGCCUGGUCCUGUGCGUGGUCUCUCAACAUUCAGGCAAAUAACUGCUUCAGCACAGGCUUGUCUCGGCGGGUCCUCGUGACCAACGUGGUGACAGGACACCGGCAGUCCUUUGGGACCAGCAGUGAUGUCUUGGCCCAGCAGUUUGCUCUCAUGGCUCCUUUGCUAUUUAACGGCUGUCGUUCUGGGGAGAUCUUUGCCAUAGAUCUGCGUUGUCGAAAUCAGGGCAAGGGCUGGAAGGCCACCCGCCUUUUCCAUGACUCAGCAGUGACCUCUGUGCAGAUCCUCCAAGAAGAGCAAAAUCUGAUGGCAUCUGACAUGGCGGGAACGGUAGGGGUAGCACUGAUGACUCAGGCCACUGGCGCCACUGGCCUAGAACUCUGGCAGAUAAAGCUGUGGGACCUGAGGACCACUAAGUGUAUAAGGCAGUAUGAAGGUCAUGUGAACGAGUACGCCUACCUGCCCCUGCACGUGCACGAGGAAGAAGGCAUUGUGGUAGCAGUGGGCCAGGACUGCUACACGAGAAUCUGGAGCUUCCACGAUGCCUGCCUGCUCAGAACCAUACCCUCCCCUCACCCCACCUCCAAGGCUGACAUCCCCAGUGUGGCCUUCUCUUCUCGGCUUGGGGGUUUCCGGGGAGCCCCAGGGCUGCUCAUGGCCGUCCAGCAGGACCUUUACUGUUUCUCCUACUCCUAAUUCCACAGGGUGCGGCCGGGAGGGAUGUGGAUUUGACAUAUGGAGUAAGGAGCAGCCAUACUUCUGCCACGACUGCUGUUUGCACUGAGGGCAUUUUAAGCGGACGCUCUGUGUACACAGAUCCCGUCCAGCCAGCUGCCAGGAAGCAGGUGCUGUUUUAUGUGGAGACACUUCAGUAAAGUUACUUCAGUUUAAGUUGUGAGCUCAGAGAGCUCAAAAGUACUUUUCAUAAAAGGUACUUAUUUCCUUAUUGAACUCCUCAGACUGGUCUGUGGCCCCCCCUCCCUUUUUUUUCUUUAAACAAGAAAUAAUUACUCUAAGGGCUGAAGAUUGGCAGUAACUAAAUUAAAGCUGCUGCUUCCAUGAUAAGCCCUUUCAAGAAGCCUAAUGAGGAGCCUAGUUGAGGCUAUUAAUGCAGUCUGUGCCUGGGUCCCAGAAAGCCAUGCACGUGGACUGGAGAAACCCAGCUGGGGAGACGGGGAAGGGGUUUGGGGUCAUUUCUCUGAGUCUCUAGAGAUAAAUGAUUGAAGACUGGUUUUUGAAGUCAUUAAAAAGCCUUCUCAGACUCAGUCAACAUCUGUAGCAGACUUCCCUUCUCCUUUUAUCACCAUUCAUAGGCACUGGGAGGAAAGAUGGAUCUUUCUAGAUGCUACAGGUUUUAAACAGGUACUAGAAUGCCUUUGUUGAGAUGCCUUCCAGAAUGUUACGUACAAUAGCUCCUGUUUCUAUUACGGUGACCUGAAUGUCAGAUUUAAGGGCCCCAUCUCCCAAAGAAAAUUGGCUUUGACUUUCUGUAAUCGACCGGAAGCACUUUGUGAGAUGUUUAUACAGCGUCCAAGAGCCUUUCUACCAAACAAUAAACUAGAAAGAACCAU